AUGGCUACUCGAGCCCCAACUAGUUCCCGUGGCGGUAACCGUUUUGCGCAGUUCAAGUUAGUCUUACUCGGGGAGUCUGCCGUCGGAAAAAGCUCACUGGUACUUCGCUUUGUCAAAGAUCAGUUUGAUGAUUUCAGGGAAUCAACGAUUGGUGCUGCGUUCCUGACCCAAACAAUUUCCUUGGACGAAACUACUACUGUUAAGUUUGAAAUCUGGGACACGGCCGGUCAGGAACGAUAUAAAUCACUAGCUCCAAUGUACUAUCGAAAUGCCAACUGUGCCGUUGUAGUUUUCGAUAUUACACAGUCUUCUUCUCUCGAUAAAGCAAAGCAAUGGGUGAAAGAACUACAAAGGCAAGCAAACGAAAACAUAAUCAUAGCCUUAGCCGGUAAUAAACUUGAUCUGGUCACCAGCAACCCUGAUAAGCGUGCAAUCACGACUAUAGACGCUGAAGCUUACGCAAAGGAAGCUGGACUUUUAUUCUUCGAAACCUCGGCCAAAACAUCAGAAAACGUUACUGAAUUAUUUACUUCGAUCGCUAAAAAGCUUCCGCUAGAUCAAGCAGGUCCAAGAAAUCCUAGAUCAGCUGGACGCGGCGUUGAGCUGAGACCUGAAGCGCCUGGAACUCAGUCACCUGGGUGUGCUUGCUAA